CCACAGUCCCUGGCACAGUUCGGGCGCCCCAAAAUCGAUGGGGAGCUGAAAGUCUCCAGGCCUGAGCGACGCUCCAAGGUGGACAGGUACGGCUUCCUCCUGGACAAGGCCCUGAUCAUCUGCAAGCGCCGGGGAGACUCCUACGAGGCCAAGGACGUGGUGGACCUGCAGAGCCACCAACUGCGGGAUGGUGAUCUCGGUCCCCGUGAUGGCAAGAAGUGGACCCACACCUUCCUGCUCAUCGACAUGGCCGGGCCGCAGAGCUACGAGCUCUUCUUCAAGACCCGGGAGCUGAAGAAGAAGUGGUUGGAGCAGUUCGAGAUGGCCCUCUCCAACAUCUUCCCCGAGCACGCCCUGGCCGAUGGGCAUGAAUUCCAGAUGUUCUCCUUCGAGGACACCACAUGCUGCAGGGCCUGCCAGAUGUUGCUGAGAUUCGGGCUCUGGCGCGAGGAAGGUAACAACGAAAUGGGUCAAAAUGGGCUGAAAUGCCUUGAACUUAGGAGUGGGGAGACCCCAGUGGGGACCAAGUCGCAACGGCCGGGCCCUGAGAAGAAACGAGACCUGGGGCUGCCCAAGAUGGAGGCGAGCCAGUCCUAUAGCGGCAUCCCCCCACCGCCGGGGGCCUUGGGUCCUGCCCUACGCCUCAGCCCUGGGGACGUCGUGGAGGUCACCGUGGCCGAGGCCGAGCAGCUCUGGUGGCAGGGCAGGAACGUGGCCAACGGUGACCUGGGCUGGUUCCCUUGCACCGCCGUGAGACCCUUCAUCUGCGUGCCGUUGCCAGAUCUCUCCGUCUACCCCUGGUACGCCGGUCCCAUGGAGCGAGGGGAAGCUGAGCAGCUCCUGAUGCCCCGCUCCGACGCCCCACCGCAUCCCAGGUACCGCGGGGAGGUGAAGCACAUCAAGGUGAUGACGGCCGAGGGGCUCUACCGCGUCACCGAGAAGAAGGCGUUCAAGGGGCUGGUGGAGCUGGUGGAGUUCUACCAGCGUAACUCGCUCAAGGAU